AUGCCUGCAGGUUCUCCUUUCGACGCCCUCGACUCGGACUGCAUUUUACGAUCGUCAGAUAAUGUCGACUUCCGAAUUCACAAAGUCAUCCUCAGCCUUGCUUCUGAUGUCUUCAACUCGAUGUUCGCCCUCCCAUCAUCCAGCGCAUCCGACUCCCUUGACUUUAUGUUCGCCCUACCUUCAUCCAACUCAAAUAAUCAGGAGACUAAAGAUGGACUACCCGUCAUAACCCUUGCCGAACCAUUUAAAAUCCUCGACCCUCUCCUUCGUCUCUGUUACCCCGUCCGCAUGCCGACCUUCACCACCUUGCCGUUCCCCACACUUAUGUCGCUAUACGACGGCGUCGAUAAAUAUGCGAUGAAGGACAUCGCGCAGCCUAUUCUUGACGCAUUGGUAGAGGAUCUGCCCCGAUACCCCAUGACGGCCUUCGCCUUCGGUUGCCGUCACGAUCUUCGCAACCUCGCCGUCACCGCGGCCAAGGAGACAUUGAUAUACGCGAAGGACAGUCUCCCAUACGUAUCUGAACUCGAUCGCAUUACGGGCUCCCAGCUUCACAGGCUGUACGUAUAUCAUCGUCAGUGUCGAGCUGCUGCCAGCGAGUUAGCGAUGAGUGAUUGGAGCUGGAUUCCAGCGCUAUCCUCCAUCCCGCUGGGCACUGCAUUGAAUUCAUGCACUACCUGUCGCAUAGGAGUAGCCAUGGAGAAGGAGCUAAUCGCCGGUAUGGUCCAUCGCACCUCGGACAAUAAAUGGUUAUUAUAUUGUCCUCGAUGGUGGGCCGUGUACAUGUGCGAAGCGAGGGGUGCAUUGCGGAAGAAUCCUCGCGGCGCUACCGUCCAAAGCCGAGAACUCUUGGGUCUCGCGAUGCAGAAGGCGGUACAGUGCAAUAAGGAGGCUUGUCGGGUGGGCUCCGUAGCUAUGAUCGAGUUCAGUGAGUUGUUCGCACAGGAGGUCGAGAAGGCCAUUGAUGCGGUAAAAGCACCAUACUGAGGUUGAUUCAAAGCUGGAUCGAUGUUUGCGUGAUGCUGCAGAGGCGAUGGUACGUUCGCUGGGAGCUUGUACGUCUCUGGGUCCUUCUUCAUGCUCGUAAUGGUUCAUUGUCGAUAUUCAGGCAAUAUGGCAGCGGUCUCAAACGUCGGAGCUACCACGAGAGCUCGCUCCUUGAUUG